UUUCACUUUAAUUUUCUUACUAGUCUAAUAAUGUUAGAAACUAAAUAUACUUACGUGCUAUGUAAUAUUGGAGUGUAGCAAAUUUUGUUUUGUGUGCUUGCAAUCGAUUUUAUUCUGUAUUUAUCAUUGGCAAAAUUACUUGGUUUUUUCCCACAAACGUAUAUUUACAUGAAUCAAUGAAGCAUGACUUUUUCAUCAUGUAAACGACUUUUUCGACCAUGUGUUCGUCAUAAAAUACGUUUCGUUUUUCAUAUAUUCUACUUCUUCCUUUUUUACCUUGCCUUUGCGUUUCGUGUUGUUGCAAUGAUAAAAUAUACACUGAUACUUGUAUAAGCGUAAAUUUGAGUUAUAAUGAUUCAUUAGACUUUGAACUUUAUUCUAAUAUAUAUAAGUAUUUUCUAUCGUAAAAUUUUUUUUGAAAUUGAUAAUUAUAGAAGUAGUGUUGAAAGCUUCAAAAUAAAUAAAUGAAAAAUUUUAUAUUUUUUAUUUUAUCGUUCGAUGUAUGAAAAACUCUAUUUAUCACUCAAACUUGGUUAGAUGCAUCCGAAGAAAGUAUGGCGAAUGUGCUUUAAGAAGACUCAGGCAUUUUGAGAAAUGGGUGUGAGUGUUUGUAUUGCUUAUCCCUACACAUCCCGACCCUCAAUUAUUUGGUUUAAAUAUCUAAGAAUUUCAAUCAUAAUCAAGCAAUAAUCAACAAUCAAUGAAUAGAAGUAAAAAUAUUGAUACAAAUCAAUAACAUCUUUCAAUCAGUAUUCAACAAAUAAUGAAUGACUUUAAUUUCAAUGUAAAUCUUUUUUUAAUGUGUUGAUAUGGUAUGUUACAUUUGUUUACAACAUAAUGAUCAUAAUGUUGUAUCAAGUUCAUCGCAAACACAUGAAAUUAUACUUAAAUAUUCAAAUUUAUUUGAUUUUGAUCAAUUAUUAAUUUCAACUCAAAUUGGAUCUAUAGAAAAAAACUAGUGUUAGUCAAACGUUACAAACAGGUAAAUAUUGAGAAAAAAAGGAAUUUUUUUUAUUUGUGUUUUUUUUUUCUAAAAUAAUAGCUUAUUCAACAUGUCAACGUUGAUUUAUUGAAAUGAAUGAUAAAUUCGAUUCAACAUCAAUGAUUAAUAAUGAAAAACGAACGAUAAGCUGCUAAACUUGUUAAUCAAUUAUAUUUUUUUUUCGAUUGGAUAUAUACUUAAUAUGGAUGGUACGAUAAAAAGUGAUGAUGAAUCAUGUAUUAAUGUUAAAUGUGCUAUACCAAUAUGUCUAUCGUAUUUAUAAACAAUUUGAUCCAUUUGUUUAUCUUACUAAAAGUAUGUUUAAUUCUUGUUUGACUUUUUUUUAUAAUCCAAAAUUAUUUCUAAUGUCGUAACAGUAGGAGGGCCUAGAUGAAGGGGAUUGUGGCAGACUUUAGUUGACGUGGCUUCAAUUGGUUCAGGUCUCAAAGUUUUAGUGAAAGUUAUCUGAUAGAUAUGACAAUUUCACUAUUAAAUUGUUGAAACAUAUAUAUAUAUUGGAAUCUGAAAAUUCAAGAAAGGAGAUUUCUCAAUAUUGAUUCAGCAGCUCUAGUCCUAUUCCUACUUUUAAUUUUUUUGAAACCAACAAAAGACUAGAAUAUUAUCAGACUCGAAAAGAUAUCAAGUAGAACAUUUUAUUGAAGCUCAAAGCCUGCAUUGAUACAUCAGAGAUUGAAAUUAUACAAUCACACAACUAUCUCAAAAACGUUUUAAGCCGAAGUUCGAGAUAUGAAAUCAAUUGUAUCCUCUAAGAAGUUUUUCUUUAGUCUUUGAAGAUUUCUGAUUAAAUAAAAAUUUUGUAACUAAUAUGAAAUUUCCUAAUAAGAAAAAUGAAAUUCUCAUCUCUAUAUGACUUGUCAUACAUUAAAAUUUAUGGAACAUCAAGGUAUCUUUUUUUUUCUUUUCUUUAAGAUAUUACAUAUCUUUUAUCUUUAUGUGAAUACGGUGAUCUACAUUUACGUGGUACAUAUGCAAAUUGCUUAUUACAUUAAUUCAAACAACAAUUCAUCUUUUAACACUAUCAUUAUUAUCAAAUUCAUUUAUUAAUUAUUUUAUUAAUCAAUAUUCACUUGUAUCAACUGAUUCACAAGACAGUUCAAGGUUAUAUGUCUUAAUGAUAAUAAUGCACGUGUUAUACAUGUUUCACUAAAUGCUUUACGAACAUUAUUGCCUUUUUUAUUAAUUAAUAGUCAUGCAUUUACAAUCAUAGGAAUUAAAUUAUUAGAAGACUCUAUUCAACAUACUACAAGUUCCUGUAUUCUUGCUAAAGUUAGUCUAGCUCAAUUUAUAGAUGAUAUUGAUUUUCGAAUAUUCACUUAUCUUGAACAACAACAAUUAAAACAACAGUACUCUGAUACACGUGUUCGUCAAGCAACUGCUUCGACUUUUUCUAAUGAUUUUCAAGCUGCUAUACUCGAUUUACUUGUUCAAUUACUUUUAAUUCGUAAUUUUAUUUAUUGUAUUGCUGAAUUUCUUGUUAUGUUAUCACAUGAUACACUUCAUUCAAAACAAGUUAUUAAAAUACAAGAUUUAAUAAAACAUUAUGAUUCAUUAUUAGCAAGUAGACAUGAACCUGAAACACAUGCCGUAGCAGCAUUAGAACCAGUUUUAUAUGAUUUUUUUUCUUAAGCAUGCUGGUCACCAAUAUUAACACCAUCAUCAUUAAUAACACAUUUAUCUAUAAGUAGUAAAUUACAAUCUUAUUGUGAUUUAAUAUAUCAUCAUAAAUUAUAUGUUGAACAUUUUACAUCAAUAACAACACAUUAUCAAUUAUUAUUAUUAUUUUUUAUUUGA